UAAACAUGGCGAAAAGUUAGCUCGGUAAUGGCGGUGAACUUCUAAAAUUUUUGUGAUCAAGGAGCCGCGAGUCUUCUUGGUUUGGGACUUUUCUGACAACCUCAAAAUGCCAUUUUCUUUGCACAGUCACAGUGGGCAGUUCUGUAAGCAUGCUUUCUGUACUUUAGAAGAGGUCGUACAAAGAGCAAUCGAAGUUGGUUUCACUCACUACGGGCUUUCAGAGCAUAUGCCAAGAUACGAAGCCGAAGAUCUGUACGAUGAAGAAAUUGAGGAAAAUUUGACACCUGCUGAUCUUCAGAAUAUGUUUAAUGACUUUGUUAAGGAAGCCAGGCAUCUUCAAGCAAAGUACAAAGACAAGAUUUGUCUCCUUAUUGGCUUAGAAACUGAGGUUAUCAGAGAAGACAGUUUUGAUCAGAUAAGAACACUGAAAAAACAACAUGAAUUGGACUAUAUUGUCGGAUCAGUUCAUCAUGUGGAUGGAAUUCCCAUAGAUUUCAGCAAUGAACUGUUUGAUAAAGCAGUGGAACAGGCAGGUGGAACAGAAGAAGUCAUGUGUCAAUACUUUGAUCAUCAGUAUCAGCUAAUAAAGGAGUUAAAACCUGAAGUUAUUGGCCACUUUGAUGUCAUCAGGAAAUAUCGACCUGACAUUGAAUUUACAGAUAUCCUAUGGGAAAAGAUUGUUAGGAAUGUAAGAGCAGGGAUGUCUUAUGGAGCUUUGUUUGAGAUAAAUUGCAGCGGUGCAUCACCAACAAAGAAACUUAAAUGUCCAUACCCACAUCCAAGGAUUAUUGAGCUUUUAGUGGCAUCUGGGGCUAAAUUGACUCUGUCAGAUGAUUCACAUGGAACAGGAGAUGUUGGUUUCUGGUACAAAAACUUGCCCCAGCACUUAGCAACUUACAGGGUCAGUGAACUAUACUAUCUGGACAGAGCACAGGUGACCAAUGACUCAGCAGGACAAGAAAAAAGAGUUGUGUCUAAAAAGUUAACAGACUGUUGGGAGCAUCCAUUUUGGGAAAAAUGUGCAGAAACUGUAAAAUAUGACAAAUGACAAUUUGUAUUUUGUUAUAUAAUUUAAUGUAAU